GCAGCGGUUGCUUCACACCAUUAUCUCUUGCCACAAUGAGUUCAAGCCAGUACCCAGUUCCACCACCAUCGUACUUACCGUCGGGCUCGUCUAACAAGCCUACCUCUGUUCCUGACGACAAUGUGCAUUCGCCAUUGCUCGGUCGCUCCAGGUCCCCGGGGGGUGGGAUCUAUGAUCAGCCCCGACAAGGCGACCUUCCUGACGACUUCAAGUACGGCGUUACCGUCUCCGAAAGCUCUCCGGACGUUCGAAGCGCAUUUGUUCGCAAGGUUUACACUAUUCUGUUCUGUCAGAUUCUCGCCACUUGUGUUGUCGCCGGCGGAAUCUCCCAGUCAUUUGAGGCUAUAACUUGGGUCACAACACACACCUGGUCUUUCUAUGUCCCCCUUUUUGGUACCCUAAUCAACCUUGGAUUGCUGUACUGGAAGCGUCAUAGCCAUCCCCUUAACCUGGUACUGCUGUCCACCUUCACGGUAAUGGAAGCAUUCACACUUGGCGUCGUAACUGCGUUUUUUGAUAACAUCAUUGUUCUGCAAGCACUACUGAUCACGCUCGGUGUAUUCUUUGGUUUGACUCUGUUCACUUUCCAGUCGAAGUAUGACUUCUCGGGUCUCGGCCCCUGGCUCUUUGGCGGCAUGGUUGCCUUGCUCGUGACCGGUAUGGUCGGUAUCUUUAUCCCCUUCGGCACCACGAUGGACAUCAUAUUUGCAAUUGGCGGAUGCCUUAUCUUCAGCGGCUACAUCGUGUACGACACGUAUAACAUUAACAAGCGCCUCUCACCCGAUGAGUUCAUCAUGGGCUCCAUCAGUUUAUACCUUGACUUUAUCAACCUUUUCCUCUACAUCCUCCGUCUCCUGAAUGACCUUCAGGACCGGUAGGACUGCCAUACCUCCAAAGACGGGGGUGGUCUAAUUUAAGUCCUAGCUAUAUCCGUAUGUGACUGAACGACAGAAUGUAAUAUGAAUUCGGCUCGUGCGCGUUCAGGCCGACAACAGGGUAU